GCAGUAUUAGGAUGUUACCAUGUUGCUGAAGGUGAAAUACCGUAGUAUCAAGAAGUACAUCAAAUUGCACUCAGGCUUCACCUAUUCAGAAUUCAUCAGGGAAGAGCUGUUGGAGGCCAAUCCAGACAUGUGCCUGACAGUAUGUGACAGCAUUUCAGAUGAAGAUCAUUCAACACCAUCUUCCCUCACGGAUACCAUAUCACUUUCUUCAAGUGACAGUGAGCUUAGAGAACUGGGUAUUCCCACAGGCAGAAAUAGAUCCAGCAAAGAAGACACGAGCAGUUCUGCAACAAAGGCUUCCAUGUCAGAGGCAGCAAAGGAGAUGGUAGAAAAGGCCUUGCUUAAGAAGCCUGGAGGAGAGUAUAUUCUUGAAGAGUACAAGUCAGAAAAUUCACUAAUGCACCGCACUCGGAGACAGCUUGUCAACAUAUUGGCGAGUGAUAUUACUGAGAAACAUGGGAUUCCUUCCCGUCAGCAGAAGAAGUAUGCCCUGGGAAUUAUUACUCUCUUUCCCUCCCUGAAGGAUCCUUUUUCUCCAAAGGGCUAUGAGCAUUUCUAUGAUGGGGAAAAGGGCACUGGAUAUUUAGCGUGGCGCCUCAAAACCAUUUCCAGGACUUCAGGAAAACGGCCAGUCAGGAAGCCUCAGUGCAUCAAGCACAAGGACCAAAGCGCCGAAGAUCAGCAAACACACUGCCUCAGCAGCUUGAUGGAGAUGCCUGCAGGGAGGCCAUUUCAUUUCUUGUUCACUCUCCUGAUGAAGCAAGUGUAUUUCAGAAGAUGAAGAUGACGUUUCAACACCGUCAGGACCUAGUGCAUGACCCACAAAGAAGCACAGAUGUCUUCAAAACAUUUCCACGUUUUUUAGAUGUCAAAGGACUGGUGAAUCAAGACUUCCUGCUUCUGUUUGGUGCUGAAACAGCCUCCAAGAUGCUUGAGAAGUGGGACACCUCAUUCAAGCCCAAGGUCAUCAAAGAGGCCAAAAAACUGACUCAGACAACUGAGCUGUGCCGACUUCUAAAAUCUGCUGAGAAACUCGCAGAGAACUAUGAAACGGACUGGGACAGUGACAUCGCUUCUUUGCUGCUUCUUCUCUAUCUCUUGCCACCCACAGCUGGACGGAAGAGGACCAAAAUAAGUCCAAGUGAUGCAGUGGACAAAAUGGUGCACUUUCAUAAGUCAUGCUGCAGCAUCACUGAAUAUGUGCAGGAAAGAGAGGGUAAACAACCAUACAUCCUUGCAGUUGGCCGAACCCAGAAGACGAUUGAUACCUUCUACAUCGCCGUUGACAGCUCAUCCUCUGCCAAGCCACCAGCUCAUUGGGUGCUUUUGAUGAACUGUUUAAAUCCCACUACGUGUUCAACAUGUCUUAUGAUGAGUCCCUGGUCCAUUUCUACACUUUUCUGCAGACAACUGUCUACAACAUUGAUGUUACCACAACAGAUGAGUCUCCAAGAGUUCGUGA